GAGAGGCUUCUUCGCCCUGAAGUUGUGUGCUGGACCCGUGAGAAGCACAGGUGUGUCCUCCAGCCUGUCUGAAGAAAGAAAAUUUGAUCUAAUGCCACGCUUCCCAGUGAGAAAUUGAGCCCAUGCCCAGAGUGUUUGUGUGUAAAGACUCUUGCAUGUUGGAAUGUCAGGAAAACAAAGUGAUGGACUGACUUUAAUUACUCCACACAUCUGGAGCACUAAAGGUUAUUGACUGGUGAGCUCAGUGCAGGUGUUGGAGGAACUCAUUAAAAAUGGAAGCUGUGAAAGUAGGCCAGCGGUUUACUGAUGCGGAGGCAACGGGUAAAGAGAAAGGAAAGCCAUUCCAAGUUGUCCACAGCCUAUCCCAUGUUCCCUUGGUCCGCUUCCUGCAUGAAGAGGUUGGUGUUUUCAUUUUCCCAAUUACAACUAAUCUAGCAAAAGCUCUCGUUUUGUCACCUCUCCUGCCAGCAUCUUUGGUUUGAUGCCACAGCUCAAGCACACACGGCCUGCCUGGAUCAGCCCAUUCCCAUUGCCGUCUAGUGUGACAUCUGGAUCUGACAGGUCUCUGAUAGAAGAAAGCCAUAUGGGUCUGGAACGACAUGAAAGUAACUCUGUGGUGGGAAAUGAAACUGAGGUUGACAGUGCUGUUAAUGUGACCUCCUUGUCUACCGGGGAUGAGGAGGAGAAGAUAGAGGAGGUGUCACAGUUCACCAGCUUGUCCAGCUCCUCAGACCAGGCUCUCGGCGGACAAAAGUUUAGAGAUGAAGAAGUAGGCAGUGGCAUGCUGGAAGAGGUCUUCCAGCCAACUCCUGGAACUCCAACUUCCAGUGAAGGUGCCACAACCACUUUGGCAAGCCCAGAGAUCAUCAGAGAGUCUGCUGAGACCGAAAACUUACUUCUCCAUGAGCCUGUCAGUACCUCUAUCGUGAAGGAGCAUGUCACCCCCUUCAUGGAGGAAGAGGAACACAACACAGAAGAGGAAGCGACGCAGGAAAUGCCUACACUACCACCCUGGGAGGAUGCUAAAGAAGACAUGGAGACCACUGUGUUUGACCUCGACCAUGAAACGUCUCCCACAACCCCAUCCCCAACUAAUCCCCCUUCCCCGGCCGACGUCACCGUAGCUUUCUUUGACUCUGGAUCCCACCGCGAGAACCUUGGCCCACCGUCUCAUUCCCCCCAUGAGCUUCAGGGCCGUGACCCCACCUCCUGGUCCAUGCCCGACAACUAUGACUACAUGACGCCCUACGACGACAGUGUGUCUCCCACCACUGAAGAUUACCCCUACAGCAGCACUACUGACUCUUACGACGAUGUCAUCUUCACUACAACUUCUUCCAAACGCUUCCCUCCUCGAUUGCCCUCCAACCCUGAUUUCACUCUCCCCAAAUCCCCAAAAUCCACUGUGGGUGCAGGCCCCCGUGCCCCCCCGGGAAUGGUUGACUCCGUUAAUGGCUCAGAAUGUCGACAAGGUUUUGUCCGCACCAAUGGCUCCUGCAAGUCUCCAUGUGACCUGCAGCCCAACUACUGCUUCAACGGGGGCCAGUGCUACAUUAUGGAAGGAGCUCAAAUGUUCUGCAGGUGCAACAUCCAGGACUACAUGUGGCACAAGGGUGCCCGCUGUGAAUCGGUAAUCACGGAGUUCCAGGUAAUGUGCAUCGCCAUCGGGGCCUCCGCUUUCAUGGUGCUCCUGCUCUUCAUGAUCGUCGUUUGCUUUGCCAAGAAGCUGCACGUGCUCAAGACCGAGAAUAACAAGUUGCGCAAGCGCAGUAAGUACCGUCCUUCCUCGGAGCACCACAAUGAUAAUUUCUCGUUGUCCACCAUCGCUGAGGGCUCCCAUCCAAAUGUAAGGAAACUUUGCGACACCCCUCCUAACCUCCCUCAUGCCCGUGCUUUGGCUUACUAUGAUAACAUUAUCUGUCAGAAAACCAUGAGCAGAUACACCUGGGAGUGUAAGACCAAAGAGGAGCCCGACUGUGAGGAUGAUCCUAAUUCCCAGAACAAGCUGGAGGACCCCGUGAAGGCGCCCCCACCCAAAGAGGACGAGUCACUGAACAUCCAGAACUCGCUCACCCCUAAGCAUGAGAACCAUAAGGUGCUGGGCGAGGAGAACUCUUCGGAGGUAAACUCGCUGCAGAACAACAUGAUGUAGAACAGAAACAAAAGCACCCCACGCCACCACGUCCACGAUCACUUAAAGCAUCGAGCAGCAGAUGCUACGAGCAGCCACACCCACCACACCAUCACCACAUGACAGAAAACUUUAAAAACCCCGCCCCUCAUACCCACUCAGUCUCCGCCUCCUGCCCCGCCCCUUGUUGCAGUCUUUUUGCCCUGUAGUCAACCCACCCCUGACCCAACCCUUAUGUAUACACACACCUACCCCUGCCUAAAUUAAUUACGGCAUGCGUUGGUGUAUAUUGUAAAAAAAGAAUAAAAAGUUAAACGUAUUCGGGGUUUAAAAUAUAAAAUGUUGUCACAAAAGAAAAAGCUACUGAGAGGUUUUGAUGUUUGUCUGACUAAUUCAGUGAGUAUGUAUAAAUAUAUGGAAAAAAUGCUUGGAUUGAUAUAAAGAAAAAAACACAAUGUGUCUUUUUUUUGAUGUGAUUUCUAAUCCUUUGAUGUACUUGUUUUAUUUUGUACUUUUUUGGGAAUAUAAACUAUGAAGAGAAAAAAUCUUGACAGUUGUUGAAAUAAACCUUUUUAACACUAAA